CCAAAACAUAGCAAGCAUUAUAUUAACUUACAGUAAUCAGCAGUCCUUUUGGAAAGUGAGACCAAGAAGGCUCUGCGUUGCAAUUGAGAGACUGACUACCCUGGUGGUUAUUCCCAGACUUGACUGAAGUGUUUCGUCAUGAAGAAUCAAUAUUCUCUCGUCAAGUACUGGUGCACCGUCAGUCUACUAUCCGCAGCAGCAAGGACUUCAGUCACAGCCUUUGCCUCGCCGGCACACCAAUCUGAACAACUUUUCUUGCGUCGAUCGGGGUCGGCAUCUACAAGAAAAUAUAACAGCUUGGGAAUGUCUCCGUUUCCUUUCGCUACGACGCUUUCCUCUUCACAGUUACAUAUGAGCACCGUGCCUGCUUCGCUACAACUGCUAUCGAUAUCUACCGUAACGGCAAUCCCCCGUGGUGGCGCUAUUUCCACGCUGCAGACUACUUUGACCACCAAACUCUCUCAGUGUGCCGCCACGCCCCAGUCGCUCUUCAACGCAACGCUCCUGAGUCUGGCAGUCCUCAUUGCCGCUGCCAAAAUACUACAACGCAGUAACGUAGACCACAGUCUCAAAAAGAACAUUGUCAAAGCUCCUGCUAUUCAGAACCUCCAACGACGAUUCCUCGCCGUCUUUUGGUUGCUGCGUUGCGCCGAUUGGAUGCAGGGUCCCUAUUUUUACGAAGUCUAUGCUUCCAAAAUGAUUGGCGGCGCCCAAGCAUCGAUGAGUCUGGUCAGUCGCCUUUUCUUGACCGGAUUUGCCAGCACGGCCCUCUUUGGACCUUCGGUUGGACGAGCCGCCGAUCAGUACGGACGCAAAAAAGCGACUCUCGCCUUUUGUGCCAUUUACGCCCUCGGGGCACUCUCCACCAAAAGUCCGCUCCUCCAAAUUCUAUUGCUAGGACGCAUGCUGUCGGGGAUUGGUACCAGUUUGCUAUUUUCCGCACCCGAGUCGUGGUUAGUUGGUGAAUCGCAAAUAGUUGGACAAGACCCCGACGGCAAGUACCUGGGAGAAACCUUUGGGCUGGCGUAUGCGGGAGAUUCGCUUGUUGCGAUUCUCGCCGGACAAAUGGCGACGACCGCCGCCUCGCAACGGGGUCCCACCGGGCCUUUUGAGCUCUCGACGGUCUUUUUGGCGCUGGGUGGCCUACUUGCCGCCUGGUCCUGGAAGGAAAACAAAGCCCAAACGAUUGACAAUGAAAAACCGACCAUUCGCGAAGCCAUUCAGGUUAUCAGGGAAGAUCCCAAAAUUAUGAUGGUCGGGGGCGUCCAGUCUUUAUUCGAAGCCGCUAUGUAUAUUUUUGUCUUGCAGUGGCCUCCGGCCAUUGCGGCUGCUGUCCGACGUGCCUUUGGUGCGACAGCUGCUACGCCAUAUGGGACAAUAUUUUCGUGCUUCAUGGCCUGUUGCCUAUUGGGUUCGACGCUUUUCGGACAGUUGGGGAAAAUGACGGUCCCGACCGAAAACUCAACCGCUGCCAUGUUGUUGGUCGCAACGGUUGCCAUGGCGACCGCGACUUUUUUGACUGGUAUGAAUGCUCCAUCGUUACCGGGCAUGAUUAUGGCCUUUUUUGCCUUUGAAGCUUGUGUCGGUAUGUACUUCCCGUCUAUUGGAACGCUACGGAGCAAGUAUGUUCCAGAUUCACACCGUUCCGUCAUUAUGAACUUGUUUGGAAUCCCGUUAAAUGUCUUGGUAGUGGGAGUCUUCUUAUCCAUUCAAAAGCUGGGACUACAGGGCGCCCUGUCUAUUUCGUCGUGUGCUUUGGGACUGGCCACUGUGUACAUGUUCCGUCUCAAGGGGAACGUCGCCCUCGAAGCUGCGGCGACGUCGUGAAUAGGGAACCAGAGAAAAGCUAAUUUGGUAUACUGCACUGUAUAGGUCU